AUGUUUCUUUACAUUUUAAGCUGGAUUUCCAUGAUCUUCCACGUUCUCUUCUUGACUCUUGCAUUAGGUACUUCAAAACCGAUUCUGGCGUUUCCUAGAUAGAAUCUUUGGCAGUGGUUUGAGCUUGUACAUUUCGUUGGGUGCUCACACGCUUGUCUUUUUUUUUUUUACAAUCUUGCCACAGCUGCUGCUCUUUUUUACCUUGCGGAACUUGUGGAGGAAUACACAGUACUAACAGCUAAAGUUAUUAAGGGUAUGGUCGCGGUAAGUCGUAAAAUGUAGACAGCUGAGGUGCAUACAGUUUCCGUGCAAAUUAAUUAAGAGAUAUUGAAAUGAAUGAUAUCAGGUGGAAAUUACAAGAGUUGCACAAGUAAUUGAGCUCAAAAUUACUUUUUAUGGAGUGUGAAUUUGGUCCGAUUGUAAAAUGCAAUUUUAGCCUGGCAGUUGUUCUUCAUUUACGUCGUGAAACAACAUGGGAAUUUAGAAAGACAGGUGGAGUUUAGAUGUUGUAGUUUCGACCGUCUGCAGAUUAUUUUGCAUUUUCCAUAGGCUUUUGGGAAAUUCUCCUUAUUUUCCAGUUUCGUUGUGACAAUAGAAUGAUUCACUUGCUGAAUCUUAAUGAAAAAACUACAUGUGUAGUUCAUUUUUCAGUGUAUAGGUGUUGACAAAAACCUUUCCUCUCCACCCGAGAUCUUAAUACUCUCCUUAUAGUCUACCACACAUUUCUAACAACUACAGCUCUGGGAAUUUCGUGUUUGAUAAAUCAAGCAAUACACCUUAGUUGAUGUUCUUCUCUACACAACAUGGCACUUUGAUUUACAGGGGAGUGUUAAUUCCAAGAGAAAUUAUUAUUAACACCUGGGAUUGAAAGUUAUAAAAGAUUUAUCAGUUAGCUGUGACUGACAUGUCUACCUUCAAGAAUAAAUCCCUCUGUGAUGAAGCUUUAGUAAAAUAUCAUGAUGUGACACAUUGCAGGGCAAUAAGAUGCCUUGUCAGUCUGAGACAUUUCUUGAAAGAAAUGUAUUGAUUUCUUAAGACGUGUCUCUCCUUUUCUUUGCACUUAGGUAUGCAUGUUGGUGAAACUCUUAGUCUUUUGAUAAAACAUAUGUCUAUUUGAUAUCUUUUAUUAUUAAAAAAAAGGUUUGUUGUUGCUGCAAAUUUUCACACUGCUGUAAUGGAUGGAAUUUCACACAAGACACCUCUGUAUUAGUGAAAUAUGUCUGUGCGUUUGUCAGUUUGUCAUUCUGUGUUCAAUCUCUGAAUCAGAGAAGCAUUUUUUACCUGAUACAGCUAGGCUGAAAGCUUUUGUAGGCAUCAAAGACAGAAAUUAUAUUUAACAAGAAUUAAUGGUUUAUUGUUGCUGCAAAUUUCCACAUUGCUGCAAUGGGUGGAAUUUUACGUAAGACACCUCCAUGUUAGUGAAAUAUGUCUGUGUGUUUGUCAUUCUGUGUGCAAUCUCUGAAUCAGAGAAGCAUUUUUACCUGACACAGCUUGGCUGAAAGCUUUCUUAGGCAUCAAAGAUAGAAAUUAUAUUUAUCAAAAUUAACAAUUUACUUCCUUGUCUUUGUUUUUUACAGGGGACAACUCUGGUUUUCCUAGGACUUCUUGUGCUAGAAAGUUUUCCUCUCUUAAUAAUAAUUGCAGGACUCUUUACCAAUGGACUUUAUUUCCUGCUUCUUAAAGAUUUUCCAUUUAUUCAGCUGACAUCUCCAGUGUUUUUAGGGGGAGUGGGUAAGUUAUGCUAUAGAAAGGUUCAAAAUUUGUACCAAUCAUUUAUCACUGCCAAAACCUGUGCUUAGUCUAAUUGGCCAACUCUGGAGACAGUAGAUCACAUGCCCCAAGCUGUGUUCUCUUUGCACUUCCCUUUUGCUACUGAAUUUUGAAAUUGAAACAUUUCUAGGUCAUUGUGUCUCAGGUUAAUGUAGAUUAUGAGAUGAAUAAAUUGUUAUUGAAAUGAAUUUUUCACCUAAAUAGUGAAAAUUACUUUUAAUUGUUUUUCAGCGAUGGUUUUUGUCAAUCACUACUUGGCAUUUGACCACUUCUCCUCUGUAUGGUAUCCAUUUUCUGAGGUAAUGUGCUUGUUUGUACUAUCUAUCAGAAAAAUUUAGGGAUGCUGAGUUUAAACAUAAGAGAAAGAUUUCUUUUGAACAUCUACGGUUACUGUAGCAAAUUAAAGAAAUUGAUGAGAUAUACUUUUCUUUUUAAAGUUGUUUUUUUGUAUAGCACCUUACUGCUGAACUUAAGUUAUUCUGGCGUGAAAAACAUUAAAUAAAUCAAAGAUGGACUGGCAAAACCUGUCAAAUUUCUUAACAGAGGAUUUCCAGCCCUCUAAUACUCAGGUUUUGAGAAACUGUGCAUUGUUCCUGCCAAGGACAUGGUGAAAUGAAUCCUAUAAAUUGUGUGGCUAACAGAAUGGGUGAAAUGGGUCUAUUUUGCCUGCUUGGGAUUACAUACUUUGCCCCUAAAAUUGCUUGUAACCAACAAACAUUGUUUGUAACUCUGAGAAGCAUUUUUUUCUCCCUGUAGUAAUUGUUCUCACAGUUUCAACAACAUUAGCAUCACAAAACAUAAACUCAGCUCAUGUCAUGAAUAUUAGUUUAUCCUGAAGACAGUCAAAAUGAAGAAAAGCAGAAAGAAUUUCUUGACUUUGUGUUGCAAUUUUUGGUGUAAUCUUUAAACCAUUUAGUAAAUCCUUUAUUGACCAAGCUUGUUCACUCAGUUUUAUCAUGUAUUGGCCAUUUUUUGCAUUUUAAUGGACAUGGUCUUCACAAGAAAAGAACAUGCCCAUUAUCUAGUCCUGUUGACCUCGUGCAUGGUCAUGAACAAAUAUUUAGUAUGUGACUUUGUUUUUUGCAGAUUCUAGCUUACUUCACAAUCUGUUUAUGGGUUCUACCAUUUGCAUUCUUUGUUUCCUUAUCCGCAAGUGAAAAUGUAUUACCAACAGCAUCCACAGUUCCAGAGGAUACAACAGGUACAACUGGGGAUGUAGCAGUUUGUUCAUUACAUGUACAUCAGGGUUUUUAUUAACCAUCAGAGAUAACAAAAUUUUGCAACUACAUAGAUUUACCUGUACCUGGCAGAAUUCUGGGAUAAAAUUUGGAUGGCCUUGGCUGUUUAUUGUUUACUUCGGGAAAUAUUUUCAUUGUUACUUAAAACUCUUCUCAUUUUAGUACUUUCCUUAAUGGAAACCCUAGAAAAAAUUUUUAAGCAUGAUAACCAUUUUAUUUUUACCCAUUGGGUCCAAACAGUACAUAGGCUGCUAAAAGGCUGCAAAAAUUAAAAAGAAAAAAAAAAAAAAAAGGAAAAUACCUAUGCAGCAUUUCAGACCAAGUUUGCAAGUAUUGGCAUUAAGUUCAGUUUCAUUCAUUUGGUAAAUGUUCUGUUAUUCAGUUGUGUCUUUUUUGAACAAAUUUGCAAUUUAACUUUGAAAGUUGUGAGGUUGUUUGCAUUUUGAGAUUGAGAUUGCAAUGUAUUUAUUUAGUAGUCUUAAUGUCUGAAAACAUACAUGUAAGCAUAAUGUUAAAGAACAUAUUGGAUCUCUCUACAUCUUGAAAACAAUUUUCUGCUGUUAUUUACAAUGAUAAUUAUAAUGUGAAGUUGACAAGUUUAACUUUUUUUCUCUUUUCAUAUCUUUGUCUACCCAGAACCAAGCUAUUCUUAUGCUGGCCAGAGAUCAAGUCGCAGACAUGGAAUCCUUGCAUUUUUUAAUUUUUUGUCGAAGAAAACGGAGGGUUAUCUACCAACAAGGACAAAAACAUAUUAAGAGCUGAGAGAAGAUUAUGGUGGACAUGUGUGAGAAAAAUGAUGUAUUAUUACAGUGUAUAUUGAAGUCUUUUAGGUCCCUGUGAUUAAACUAUGUUUCUAUGGUACUUUUACCAAAUGUGUUUUCAAAUCAUGGUAUUUUGUUCCCCGAUUAAUCUAUAUAAUGUUGUUGAAAUGUUACCUGUGGAUAGAGAGGAAACAGUUGGUAAACAGUAUAAUUGUGUUGAAGUUAAAACAUUCAUUGGUUUUGGCAUGUUUUGGACCAGCUAUAAUUCAGAUUCCUUGGGUUUCUGAUAUUUCUCAAAUGCAAGUCAAAGAGAAAGGGAAAAUCAGAAAUCGAACUAAUUUGAAAUGAUUUUAAUUCAAAUAAACUAUGAAACACUUUUCUGGAGGGAUCUGAUUGUGCAUGAAACAUUUCUAAAGAGUAUCAGAAAUUUUGUUUUCUGCUUGCAAAUUUAACAUCUCCAAUUUGUAUGUUGUUAUUUACCUGUAGCUAUUAGAUUUGCAGAACAUCAAUUUUUCCUUUUAAAACUAUGAGAGGCUUUCAGCAGCUAAA